CGUGGGGCUUGUGGUCAGAUUCAUGGUCCCAUAGAAGAACUGAUUCGAGUUGGUUGUCUACUUCUCUGUGGCUUCCUGUGAUGCCAACAACCUACUGUCUCGACUGUCGUCCCGCCUCGAGUGAUUACUUGUGCUUACAUUCAUUUACGAUUGUACUCCAUUUACAUUGUUCAAGCUUGCAAUUUGCAAUGUGGUCCUCUUCCUGCUUCAUAAAUCACGAUGAACGCGAGCCACGUGAUUGCACGGUGAGCAUUUGCGCAAGAAUAUAUCAACUGUUGCUGUAACCCUAUAAGCCCUGUAAUUUAGUAAUCUAUGUGGCUGUGUGAUCCGAGUAAUUCCUGGUUCACCUUCAGUACUUCACUCUCACUGCCACUGCACGUACGCACUCUCGCCAUCCAAAUUCAGAAUCGAUUCGGAUCAGCUUCUACCAACUCCGCCUUAAAUUUUGUCACGCCAUUCCGACUCAUACGCCGCUCGCAUCGCAGCUCGUUCGUGCCACUGUCCAGCCGCAAGCCCCACUUCCCUGCAGCUGCUGUCUCCAUCUCUUCCAUUUUAUUUGCUCACACUGAAAUGCACGCGCGACUGCUGCUACGAAUGCACGCGCCCAUCUCCUUCGCGCCCGCAUCUUCGCCCGACGCCGCCUCCUUCGCGCCCGCCGCAGCGGACGUCGGCGGCGCCGUGUGCCUCGGCUACGGCAUCGCCAUCGCCGUCGGCGUCCUCGUCUUCAUCUCCACCGUCAUGCUCGCCUCCUACAUCUGCGUCCGCGCCAAGGCCGGCGCAGCUGCCGUGCUCCUCGCCGACGACGACGACGACGGCGGCGCCCCGGCAGCGUCCGCCGUCGUGGUGCUAGGCCUCGACGGCCCUGCCAUCGACGCGCUCUACCCCAAGUUCCUACACGUCGGCGUCGGUGACGACGACAACGCGUGCGCGGGGGCGCAGUGCGCCAUCUGCCUCGGGGAGUUCGUGGCCGGCGACGCGCUCCGGCGAGGGCCCGGGUGCGGGCACCGGUUCCACGCGGAGUGCGUGGAGCGGUGGCUGCGGGUGAGCGCCACCUGCCCGGUGUGCCGCGACUCGCCGCUGCCGUCGCCGAUGGCCACGCCGCUCGCGGAGGCCGUGCCCCUCGCUGCGCACGCUCGAUGACACAGCCACACAGGUUCACAUGUCACAUAUGUUACUGUGCUCUGUAGACAAUUUUUGCUCUCUCGAAUUUUCUUUGCUUCAUUCGAAGCGUGAAUGCGUGAUUGAUGUACUCCAUACAUUUCAAUACUCGCAUAGUACUACUCCAGAGUCCAUAUACUAGGAUAUAGCUUUUCUGACACUGGAAGCUUUGGGAAAUGGAUUAGGGUAAGUGAUUAGUGAUAGAUGGAGUAUUAUAUUUUUCAUAGCACAGAUCAUCAGGACGAUGUCUGCGGAACAAGCAAAGCUAGCGUGGGGUCGUUUUCAUCAGGCAACGGACAAUACAAUACGUGCAUCUUAUUAUGUGUGCCCGUUAACUCGAGAGUGGAUUCUAAUCACUUGAGGAUAUCCCUUAUGUAUAUUUUUCUUCUAAAUUUGAUACAAAUAGUUGUACGAUGAUAUCUAUCGAUACAUCAAAAAUCAAAUUCAAAUUCAAUGUACAUCUCAAGGAAAAAAAUGCAUAUGUGAAUAGUAUGCUACUAUUCAUAAGCUGAAUUUGUUUUUUUAUAUCUCGACGUGUGAGAUGAAUUCAAA